AGCUGACGUAUAUAUAUAAGUAAUACAUUUGUACAUUUACAAACUGAAAAGUAAUUUAUUUGUUGUUAACUUAUUACACACGAAAUAUCACAAAUUAUUACACCUAGAGAGCAAAACGAUUGGUAGAACAAGACAUAAAUUCUCAAAAAGGAAACAGACCGGAAAAAUUACCGAUGUUUCUGUGAAUACAGUUCUAGGCGAAGCAAAUUUAUUUACUUUAUUUUAUUUGCGACACGUGUUUUUGCUAUAUUUGUAAGUUAAUUUACACUGUCAAGUAUAUUUAUUGGCGUGAAAAUGUUCCUAGAUAAAAUGAAAAGCUAUUUCAUUACUAUUGUUGAAAUCUUCCAGCAUGAGAGCGAAUCGGCUUCGGCUAGGAAAUGACGACGUAUGAAUACUGAAUGCGACUAACUGUUUUCGCAAGGCAGACAGAAUGGUGGACGGCCCAUUUCAUGCACAUUUCACUGUGCGUAUUCCAAGACCCAGUGGUCAGGAGCUUGACAAUAGCGGACAAUACGACAUUGAAUGCAUAAAACCAGUUGUAUGACGCACACACACAUCGGCGACGCUGCAGGACGGCCAUUGAGUGACAUUACAAAAGGUAUUGUGAGCGCCGGGACUAGUUUAUCUCGCGGCCAUUCGUUGAGACUGUUCCGCACUGAUAACGUUCAAACGUCUAUCAUUUGUGGCCACCGCAUCAUGACACUGAUAAAAUGUGGUAAACACCAAUCUCGUCAGAUUAUCGUCGAACACAUUUGUUAGUACCAAUACGCCGUGAUUCCUUGACUUUGACUUAUUUGACUCGUUCGUGUGCGUCACAACGAAAAUAUCUAAUCAUGGGACCGCAAUAAUUCUCAUUGUGAUUUUCCGUUCUUUGCUACAUCGAUUCAGGUGUAAGAGUAUCUAAGGAAGCAGAACAUUGAGAUGGUGUUUAUCCGUUUGGUUCCCGUAAUUUAUCUUAUAGAUAAUGAAAUUUGUCAGUUUUACUAUUGAUAGGUUGUAGAGGUUUAAGAUAAAUUCUGAUAAGUCAGUCGUGAUCUGACCGUGAAAUCUUGCGACCGUGAUACUUACAAAAUCUAUUAAAAGUGAAAUCUGUGAAUGAUGCCUCCAAAGAAAAUAUCACAAUGUCAUCAAGCAUUGGUUGAAUUAAUCUAUAAAUUGGCUGGAAUCUGUAAUAUGCAACUAAGUGAUUACGUCGUUGAAAUAGGGUGUGAUGACGUAGAUAGUUUUUUGACUGGUUUAUUCAAAGUGCAACUGAAAGGGAGUGUUAAUGGACAAAAGAUUAAAAAGAAAUUAGUGAUAAAGUGGCACCAGGAGUCGAAAAUGCGUGUGUGCUUCAGAGAUGCUUACAGAAGAGAAUGCAUUUUUUACAAACUCAUCUCGCCAAGCUUAUUGGAUAUCCAAAACAAAAUUGUCAACAUGGAAGGUUUGAAAAUGAGGUUUCCAAACUGUAUUUAUGCUAGUGACGAGUAUGAUAAAGAAACUAUUGUGGUGCAAGAUUUGAAACAAGAUGGUUUUGGACUUCGGGAUAGGCUUUUCAAGACGAAUUUGGAGUACGUUUCCCUGGUUAUGAGAACUUUGGCGAAAUUACAUGCUCUGUCGUAUGUGCUACAGAAAACGGAUCCUAAGAAAUUUGAGGAGAUAGCUUGUUUGUGCGAAGAAGACGUGCAGUACUGUAAGCCAGGACCUGCUCCAAAGAGUAUGAAGUCUUAUUACGAAGCGUCCGUUCACGUCGUACAAGAUGCAGACGCCAGAGAUAAGCUGACCAGACUGACUCCAGAUAUUCUGACAGUGUUGUAUAAAUGCACGCGGUCAGAUAAGUACAGCACCAUUUGUCACGGUGACUGCUGGAACAACAAUAUACUCUACCAACACAGGGGUUGUAAGCCAGUGGACGUGGUAUUUGUAGAUUACCAGCUGAUGCGGUUCGCGUCUCCAGUCACCGACAUUGCAUACUUCUUAUACAUGUCCACCGAUGGAGAAUUCUUAGACAAAUAUUACAACCAAGUGCUCGACAUAUACUAUGGGACAUUAACGGCAGUACUUCGACAUUGCAAUUUGGACGUUGACACAGUAUACCCUAGAAACAUAUUCGAAAAACAACUCAAAGAAUAUUCGGUACUCGGACUGAUAGAGGCUUUAGUCUCAAUGAUGAUAAUAACGGCGCCAUAUGAAGACGCCCUCAAAAUGACUGAGAUGAAAUAUGAACAUUGUGAAGAGGCUCAUGAAGAUGAGUCCAGGGAUAACUUAUUGUUUGUAGAAAGAGUUAACGGAAUUGUAAACGACUUUUUUAAACGGAAUUAUUCUUUAGACGCUUUAUUAACUGAGUAAAUGAUUACACUAGAAAGUCUUGUCUAAUUACCUAUUUUAUAUUUAGACAAAAAUAAGGUAAUAAGUUUAUUAAACCCAAAACAAAAGCACGAAGAGAAAU